GGGUAGCGGGGCAGAAUGAAGAUGUAGAUUUUUGAGGUCAAGCACGUGCUUCUACCUAGCGGCAAUCACUGUAACUAGAUCACGCCACUUCGGCUCGACACCGGCAGCCAUGUUUAGUUAGUUUCGUUGAUGUUUGCGGAGUGAGUGUGCUGAUGAUAGUUUUCGUGCUUCUGCGUUGCAAAUUUGAUCGGUAUUGGAACCAAGGUAAGGUCAAUUUACAGCUUUUAAGCUCAACUAUCAUUAGUGGAUACUUGAAGUACAUUUAAUUAGCUUAUGUUACGUGUAGUAGAAUGUUUCUUUACACAUCGUUUUUGAGUCACCAUACCUCCAUAACCUAAAACAUAUCACUGGGGCGGAACGGGGUGGGGCAGAACGGGGAAGUACCCCGUUCUGCCCCAUACUCAUUUUUAUUGGUGACCAUAUUACUUAGGCUAUUUUUUAUAUUUCAGAUGGUUCGAGACUAUAAAAGAAAAACGGAUAGACAAUCAUGGUCCUACGAGUCUAUGAAUAACGCAGUUGAUGCAGUUAUUUCCGGCCAAUUCGGUUACAAAAAGUCGUCUCAACAGUUCAAUGUGCCCCAAUCAACUUUGGAAAGAUAUGUAAAAAAAAAGAAAGAAAACCCUGACUAUAAAAUUAAUAAAUCAGCAGGAAAAUUUCAAAAAGUAUUUAGUGAUGAGCAGGAACAAGAGCUAGUAACCUACUUAAAAUCUAUGGAGGCUAGGUUAUUUGGUUUGUCAAUGAAAGACUUGCGGGAAUUAGCUUAUCAAUUAGCUGUAAGGAAUGGCAUUGGCCAUAGAUUUAAUAAUCAAACCGCAGGACAAGAUUGGGUCUCAGGCUUCCUUAAGAGACAUCCUACUUUAACUCUUCGGACACCUGAGUCAACAUCUGGUGCACGAGCUAUGGGGUUCAACAAAGUGUCUGUUGACAAAUUUUUUUUGUUACUCACAAAAGUAGUGGACAAGCACAAACUAACUGCCUCCCAAAUAUAUAACUGCGACGAAACUGGAAUUACAGUUAACCCAAAGAGCAAUUCAAAAAUCAUUGCCCUAAAAGGAAAGCGUCAGGUUGGGUUGUUAACUUCGGCAGACAGAGGAGAAACUGUAACUGCCCUCCUUUGCAUGUCAGCAAGUGGAGCGUACAUGCCUCCUAUGCUGAUAUUUCCUAGGAAAAGAAUGCAGCAGGAGUUUGAGAUGGGAUUGCCUCCUGGGGGUUGGGCAGAGGUACACAGCUCGGGGUGGAUUACAUUAGAUACUUUUUUUGCAUGGUUCAAGAAGUUUGUUACAUUCUCUAAUGCAUCUAAAACAUCGCCUGUUCUUCUUAUCCUUGACGGCCACUCGACACACACUAAAAACCUGAACGUUAUUGACUAUGCUAGGGACAAUGGAGUUUCCAUGCUAUGUAUUCCACCGCAUUGCUCCCAGAGGCUUCAGCCUCUUGAUGUUGCAUUUAUGAACCCCUUAAGUCGAUACUACAGCGAGGAGCUCCGAAAAUGGCUUCGGAGCAAUCCAGGAAAAGUGGUAACUUUAUUCCAGAUAUCGACUAUUUUUGGGGCAGCCUAUAUUCAAUGCGCCAAUAUGAGAACUGCCAUAAGUGCGUUUAAAGCUACAGGAAUAUGGCCUACUGAUCCCUCCAUCUUCAAAGAGGAAGAUUUUCUCCCAGCAGACGUAACCGACAUUCCUGUUGAAAUACCUCCUUCCCAAGAGGCUGUCUUAUCACCAGGAGAAGAACUGAUCCAAGGAGGCGAAGAACUUAUCCAAGGAGGUGAAGAUCUUAACCAAGGAGGUGAAGAUCUUAACCAAGGAGGUGAAGAUCUUAACCAAGGAGGUGAAGAACUUAUCCAAGAGCCUUCUCCGAACAUUCCAGUUAAAAAAUGCCAAUCAGCAAGCUCAAAUGAUGUUGAUGAAGUUUUUUGCACUGAUAAGGAGCAAACACCGGCAAAGAAACCCCGGCUCAAUGAUGGAUUGAGUGUCCCUGGAUGCUCUCAUUGGGUAGAUGGUAACCAGGCCUCUCAAUUAGGGGAAACAUCCAAAUUUGUAGUCUCACCCGAAGUUGUGAUGCCAAUUCCCAAAGUUAAGGCCACCACAAAGAGGUCAAAUCGGAAAAAAGGGAAGACUGCGAUCUUAACAGAAUCGCCAUACAAAAGAGAACUUAUGGAGGCUAUAAAUGAAAGGGAAGAAAAAAAUCGUAUCAAGCAAGAAAAAGCAAGAAUGAGGUUGUUUAAGAAGGAGAACAAAUCGAAGAGUAAGGAAACUAAAGAAAAAAACCUGAAGAAACUUGAAAAAAGAAGGAGCAGAAAAAUGAAGACAAUGAUGACAGUGAUGAUGAUGCAGACUGUGCCUGUUUGUAUUGUGGAGAGUUCUAUUCAAAAUCAGUAGAAGGGUGGGUAUCGUGCUGUAGGUGCAAAAAGUGGGCUCACAAUUCAUGCGCAGGCAUAGACAGUGAGGACGAUGAAGCUGUAUUGUUAUGUGAAUUAUGUGACGAUGAGGACUGAGAAUAGGAUUUGAAAACAAUUGAUGUUAGUUUAAGUAGCCUUAGGAAAAAAAGCUAUGACAAAACACGUUUUAGUAGUUAUAAUUAACAAUAUACGUUUGGAGGGAAGUUUUUCAAAAAUUUUGACAUGUA